AUGUUGCUAGUACGAAGGUUGAGGAACACGCUACUGCGAUGCUUCCAAUGCAACAUUAUGAUGGUAUGCAUGUUAGUUGCCCUCAUCAUCACCAUAUGGAUAGUACUGGUCUCUGAACCGGUAUCUACGAGGGAUUAUAUGGACAAUCUUCUUUCGUUUUCCAAGAUGGAUCUGGCUACAAAAAGGGACAAGCCAUUUUAUUCGAACUGUGUGGACACCCAGGAUUAUUUAUCGAAUCCAUUGUAUGCCAAACAGAAUGCCUCGUUUGUUAUGCUGACAAGAAACGAGGAGCUAGAAGACGUUAUCAAGACUAUCAAAAGUAUAGAGGAACAUUUCAACCAGUGGUUUCACUAUCCAUACGUGCUUUUGAAUGACCAGCCGUUUACAGAAGACUUCAAAACAAAGGUACGCGAUGUGACAAAUGAUUCUAUUGUGGAAUUUGGCACUGUCGAUGAAAUAACAUGGAAUUUCCCCAGCGACGUGAAGGACACCUUCGAAUUUUAUAACGCCAUUGAAAACCAAGGUGAUAGAAGCAUACUGUAUGGGAACAUGGAAUCGUACCAUAAGAUGUGCAGGUUUUAUUCAGGACUGUUUUACAAGCACCCGCUGAUCCAAAAAUCAGAAUGGUAUUGGAGACUGGAGCCUGAUGUGGAAUUUUUCUGUGAUAUUACAUAUGAUCCGUUCUGGGAGAUGGCGCAGAACGAUAAGAAAUAUGGAUUUACUAUCGUAAUUCCUGAGUUGUACUGGACAGUGCCGAAUUUGUUCAGACACACCAAAAGCUUCGUCAGACAGAAUGACGUGACACCCGGGUCAUUGUGGAAGUUGUUUACGAAGGACUAUGACAUUUUUGAAUCCGAUGAUCCCGAGUUGCGUGACUCGAUCAAUUAUGAUUUCGACGUCAAACCCAAGGUUUCCGAGAAGAUUGCCAUCGAACAGUUGCUGGAAAAGGGCAAUGAGUCGGAAAGAAUAAAUGCCGAUGAAGAGGGGAUAAUGAAUUUAGUCAACAGGGCUCGCUCCAAGAAGCACAUCGUGGAGGACAAGUUUUCGAAUGAAGAAUACAACCUGUGUCAUUUCUGGAGUAAUUUUGAAAUUGCGCGGUUAAGCGUAUUUGACAAUGAGGUUUACAACAGUUUUUUCGAAUUUUUAGAAAAAAGUGGCGGAUUUUGGAAGGAGAGAUGGGGGGACGCCCCCGUGCAUUCCAUAGGACUAUCGCUAACCUUAGACUUGGACGACGUGCAUUACUUCAGGGACAUCGGAUACAGACAUUCUUCCAUACAGCAUUGCCCGCAUAAUGCGAUGGGGGGCGAGGAGUUUCCCUACGUGACGAGCGAUCCGAGGUUCCAGCGCAAGAAGAACGCAGCAUACGACAUGGGUAAGGAUUUUGGAUGCGGUUGCAGAUGUAAGUGCCCCAUGAACAAACUCGAUAUUGAGGACUCCACUGGGUUCUGUCUCAAUGUUUGGGUCGACUUGAUAAAGCAAGAGAAGGGCCGCGAACACCGCGCCGAGACGUUUAACGGUAACCAGAUCGAAGCGAACGUUAGGAAAGACUACUUGAAAGAGUUUGGAAACUAG